CCGCCCCCGCGUUCCUCCAAACAUUGACCACCAGCCCGCCGGCAACAAAACUAUGGUACGCAGCGCCGCGCGAAUCGACCCUUGGGUGAAAAUCAAGUUGUGAGAUCGGCUGCUUCCUGAUCUGCACGGCAUCCUGUGUGAGUCGUGAGCGGGUUGGGGGAUAUAAAGCUCAGCUGGGCCAUUCGUAUUGACGGAGGUAGCAAAGAGCGUCAACAACAAAGAGCAAAUAUGGAAGAACAGGUAGACCGGUUGGUCAAGCAGACUUGGGAAAAAUUCCAAAAAACCCCCAAAUCUGCCCGCCACCUCAUCGCCAUCUCGGGUAUCCCGGGCUCCGGCAAAACCACCCUCGCCGCAGCCUGCGCCUCCGCCCUCAACACCCUCCACCACCGCGCCUCCCCCGGCACCUCAGCCGGCGGCGACGACGUCGCCGCCUUCAUCCCCAUGGACGGCUACCACCUGUCCCGCGCGCAGCUCUCCGCGAUGCCGGACCCCGCAACCGCCCACGCGCGCCGCGGGGCCGCGUUCACGUUCGACGGGAACUCGUUCCUCGCGCUCGUCAAGAAGCUGCGCGAACCGUUGUGUCCCGAGAGCGUGACGCUGUAUGCGCCGUCGUUCGACCAUGCGGUGAAGGAUCCCGUGGAGGACGAUAUCCCGAUCGGCCCGCACGUGAGGCUGAUUAUCUUCGAGGGGAACUAUCUGAGUUUAGGCAAGGAGCCGUGGAAGGAGGCAGCGGGGCUGAUGGACGAGCUGUGGUUUGUGGAGGUGGAGGAGGAGGUGGCGCGGCGGCGGCUGGUGGCGCGGCAUGUGAAGGCGGGGAUUGCGAGGGAUGAGGAGGAGGCGAGACGGAGGGUGGAUGCGAAUGAUUUGGUUAAUGGGCGGGAGAUUGUGGGGGGGCGGGUGGAGGUUAGCGAGGUGGUGGUUAGUCGGGAGGAUGAGGGGUGGAAGCCUGAGGCGCAGGGGGUGAGAGAGGGGCAAGGGCUGGAAGGGGAGAGUCAGGUGGUUGAUUGAGCAUUAGGGGGUGAGGUUGAGGUUGUGGAUGGAAUUGGCGUCGGGUUUCGUGUAUAUCCCAUACUGUGUCUGUCGUGAAGAAAUAGCUAACGGGUGCUCAUUUCAUAGUGCAGUAUGUAUGCUGUGGAACUGGUAGAUUUAAGAUGCACAGGGCGAUUGCAACCAUGGUUUUGUUCUGUUCGAAGUACGUAUAUCU